AUGUGCUUCCUCCUGGUGUCCAGCCUGGGGAUGUGGCAGCUGCGCAGGAUGAAAUGGAAGAAGGAGCUGAUCGAGAUGCGACGCCAGCGCCUGGCCAUGCCCCGAAUCCAGGUCACUGGGAGCCCCUUCCCGUGGAAGGACCAGGUCCAGGACUACAUCUACCGCGUGGUGGAGGUCCGCGGGGUUUUCGACCACACCAAUGAGAUGCACGUGGGUCCCCGACCGGGGUCGGAUGAGUCUGGCGAGACCACGCCGGGCGUCCUCGUGGUGACACCCCUGCGCCUCGAGGACGGGUCCACCGUGAUGGUCAACCGUGGGCACCUCGCUGCACACCGCAUGGACCGCGCCACGCGGCCCGAAGUGCCCACGUGGGUCCGAGUUCGUGGAGUCCUCGAAGAGGGCGAAAUCCCAAACUUGAUCGGAAGGUACGCGCGCAUCAAGAAUCGGCCAGACCGAAACCAGUACCUCUACCUCAUCGCACCGGAGCUGGCUGAGAAUGCCAAUGCCAGGAACCAUGAAGAGUGCAGCCAGGCAGCUUUGCAGGCUUUCGAGCCACUCUACAGCAAUUGGCGCGUGGAAGACGACUUGUCUAGGAUGUACCUGAAGGACGCCUGCAGCAUCUGCCUAGAAGCCUUCGUGCUCGGCACCAACCGCGACGUGUCCAAGAAAGACAAAAUCAACGGCCCUGGCCUCAAUUUCUCCGCUGACGACUACUGCAAGUACUUCCUUGUUGGGUACUGCCCUGGGAAGACGUUGGGUCGAGAAGUAGAGAGCAACAAGCUCCAUUCGAUUGGAGUCCGGGAGGAGUUCAAAGCUCACAAAGACUACGAGAAGUAUAAGCGCAGCUGA